AAAAUGUCAAAAUCAAAUUAAAAGUACCUAAAAAUCUAUUUUUUUAAUGACGUUCCAAAUGAUUGCAUCGAUUGCAUAUCGAAACCGUGAUCGCGCGAAACCGUCUUAAUGCCCCCCAAAUCGUAAUUGUAAAUUAAAAAAUGGAAGAUCUCUUAACGUUAUCGAAAAAAAUUCUCAGUCAAACGGCGACAAUUCACAUUUAUUCGUUUCCGAAUUUUACGUUAGAAAUAUUUUUGGCAAUCGUCAUGUUUAUUAUAUACAUUUAUUUAACGUUGGAAAUUGCGCAAAUUGCAAAAACGGCGAUUAAAACGCGCCCAAAUACGAUAAUCAGAAAAAAGAUUAAAGAAGUAAAUAGUAGUUUAUCGAUUUGUUCCUCAUCGUUUUCAAAGUAUCAAGACACUUUUAAUCCUCAUUAUGAACCGAUUCAUCCAUCAACUCAUCUUGCUUAUAAAAGGAUAUCGUCUAAAUGUAGUUCGCAUUCACAGUUGGGUUGGAUCAUGCCGAAUAUGGUAGGAGUUGGUUCUUGUACUUUCCCAGAUCUAGAGAAUUCGGGAAAUUUUGAUACAGUCGCAUCGAUGACCCCAGCUGAAUUUGUUAAAAAAGAAAAGGAACGGCGAUUGCGCGAAAAAGAACUUCAAAAAUGUUUCGAAUCUUUAACAAGUUUAUAUGGCAGUGUUAUUGAUAGAAAAUAUUCAGUAAAUACGCUUCAAAAUAAAUUGGAAUUAGCUAAAGAAAGUGUUCAAUGUGGUAAAUGUAAUUUAGGUGAUAUAGAUGUUGGUUUAUCCGCUGCGAUGACAGAUAGUUUAUUUGAUUUAUUGGAAAAAAUUGUUUUACCAAGUUCUUUGAAUAAUCCACUUCCUUUUAAUGGGGAUAUGACAAGGUUAGUUUUGGAUGCAGGAGAUCUUAAUUUAAAUAAGCAAAAUUGUAAUGAUCCCACUAAUGAUGGUGUUUAUGAAAGAUCUUCCACUUCUAGUACGUCUUCAAGUGAAAUUAUUCCAAUUAAAAUCAAUAAUAACAUUGCAAGUUAUUAAGUUUUUUUUCGGAAAAUGAUUUUUUGUUUGUAAAAUUUUUCAUUUAAUAAAAUAAAGUAAGUACUCACAUAUCUUAAAAGUCUCCGAUUCGAAGAUGAAUCCCUUUAUAUU